AAGAAGAAGAACCUAGAGGCGAGGAACCCGGAAGUGUGUGCCUCUCGUUUCUAGUCGUUUUUUCAAACUAUCCGGGCUGACUCUAAUGAUGAAAUCCAGUGUGCUCGUUUAUCUUUUGCAGAUUUCGACAAUCAGGCACCGAGCGAAUUAUUUCGGUUGAUCCUCGUAUCUGCUGUCCACUUCAUCAUGUCAGUGUGAAAUCGUCUGUCUGAGCUUAGAGCAGAAUGCAGACUUCAGGGCACCGGCUACGGGAUGUGGAGCAGCACCAUCCCUUGCUGUCUAGCGGGGAAGAGGAGGUAACCGUGGGCCGGGUCUGGUUCAUCCAGGAUGGCUGCGGCAUGGUGUGCGCCUCCAUGACCUGGUUCCUAGUGUUGUAUGCAGAAUUCGUGGUGAACUUCGUCAUGCUUCUGCCCUCCAAAAGCUUCUGGUACUCGCUCAUCAACGGCGUGGCGUUCAACUUCUUGGCCGUGCUGGCUCUGGCGUCCCACCUGCGCACCAUGCUGACAGACCCGGGAGCUGUGCCGAAGGGAAAUGCCACUAAGGAGUACAUGGACAGUCUACAGCUUAAACCAGGGGAAGUCAUUUACAAGUGCCCGAAAUGCUGCAGCAUCAAACCUGAGAGAGCUCAUCACUGCAGCAUCUGCAAGAGAUGCAUCAGGAAAAUGGAUCAUCACUGUCCCUGGGUGAACAACUGCGUCGGAGAAAACAACCAGCGAUACUUCGUGCUGUUCACCAUGUACAUUGCUUCGAUCUCCCUGCAUGCCCUCUGCCUCAGUGGGUUCCACUUCUUCACCUGUGUCAAAGUCCAGUGGAACGAGUGUAGUGACUUCUCCCCUCCGGUGGCGGUCAUGCUCCUCAUUUUCCUGUGUCUGGAGGCUCUUCUCUUCCUCACCUUCACCGCCGUGAUGUUCGGCACCCAGAUUCACUCCAUCUGCAACGACGAGACGGAAAUCGAACGUUUGAAGAACGAGAAGCCGACGUGGGAGCGGCGAGUGCGCUGGGACGGGAUGAAAGCCGUGUUCGGAAGCCCCCCGUCUCUGCUGUGGUUCAACCCGUUUGCCGGACUGAGACUGCGACGCCUCCUGAUGGUCCACGCUCGGAAGGGAGGCUCCGAGUUCGCCGUCUGAGCCUCCGAAAGCUCGCGUUUCUCCGCACGUCAUCUGCGCCGCCGUGCCUGUUUUAGACCCCAUGCAUAGAGGACACGACCACGGCACAAUGACGCAGGUACUGCGAGCGACCCCCCGGGGACGAGAACAUAUAAUCAACCCCGGAGGCCUGGUGUGGAGGAGAAGGGCCUCAAUUUGACUAACUACCUGAUAAAACCACUGGACCUCAAACGAAGGAUCGCUUUUAGUUCGGCUUUUCUCGGCUCAGUCCGCCUUCUUUUUGUUUUAGUUUUAAAUGGAUUUUUGUCUGGGUUUUUUUUUUUGUCUUUUUUCUAACAGCAUUAAUAUCAGGAUCUUAAUCAACCCACCAAAUCUCACCUGCCAAGAACGUUCUGGAACCUUCUUCUGCGUUAAGAUUUAUCUUAAAGAAAUCUUUAAAAAAAAAAGAAAUUAUAAAAGAAUUAUUCCUAGAUUUAGAAUCAUGAACAAUGAAACUUAUUUAACUUUAUAAUAAUAUAGUAGAGAUGAAGAUGAUGAUGAUGAUAAUGAUAAAGCUACUUUUUUUUUUUCUACAUCCUAAUAGACGGCACUGAAUAUAUACAGCGAAAGCGUUUACUUUCCGCGAUGCUGCACGCAAGAUCAUUUUAGAAAUCAUGCCGUAGUGACGACACGUGACUUUUUUUGCACACACCGGGUUCGGAGCGUCGCGAAUCGAUUUUGCCGAGUCGUUCGGAACCGACGUUUACUGAAGUUGUUCCUUUCGCAGAGUUUCCAAGCGGUAUUGUGUUCGGACGUGAAGAACCUUAAAGAAGCGUCCGUUUUAGUUUGAAGUUGCGUAGUGUAAAUACAAAGAAAAGGGAAUACGUUUAUUGAUUUACACUUUCCUGCACGGAAAGCUUUGAUAUUCAUAAUCUACGCAUUCCUCCUCCUUUCUACUGGGACGUCGGCUUCUUCUGUGCCAUCGCAUUUUAACAGUAUUGGUUUCUAUUCGUUCUGCGUAUGAUACAUUAUAAUGGACAAAAGUAUUGGGACACCUGACUUUCCCAGCCAUGUGUGUGAUUCUUUCCCUUUAGUUGACUUAGGAGAUCCAAAUCUGUUCCAGCAUGACGUUCCCCCUGUGGAUAAGAUCUUCCGUACAUGGGUCAAAGUGGAAGAUUUAAUGUGAGCGCUGACUGCACCCCAGGCCUCCUCACCUUCUCAAAUACAUCAGUACCUGACUUUACUCACACACUUGUAGCUGAAUGAGCACAAAUCUACACACAAACGUUCUUCAACAUCUAGAAGAGCAUCUUCCCAGAGCAGUGGAGGGAAUUAGAAGAGUAAAUUGGGAUGUGGAAUGCGACGCUCAAAAAAGCACAAACUGUAUUAAUGACCAGGUGUCCGCAAACUUUUGGCAAUAUAGUGUAUAUGGGUUUAUUUCUCCCUCUAUCGGUGUAGACCCAAUAUUUCCUACCUCCAGUCCAGAAUGAAUUCUCUCGACCUGGAUUUUACUUUCCAAAAGUCGUUUCCUUAAAUCCCUCAUUCUGCCUUCACAAAAACAUAAUAUAAGAAAAACGGGUCGUGAUGGUUUUCGUUUCUUCAGAUUCCUCCCUGAUCUUUAGAAAUAGAACAAAAAACGUCAAAUAUGUAUAAUGUAUAAACCGCUCGAGUCGCAUCUUUUACAAUUCAGCCACUUCUUUUACACUGAAGUCAGUCUAUACAAAUCCAUAACUAUUGGCACCCUCUAAUAAUAAAAAUGGGUGUAAAAAUAAAAAUUACAAAAAAGUGGGGUGGGGGGUUUGCAUUGCGGAUAAUUUGCUUCGUCUCACACUGAGAUUCGACACAUUAACCUCUGAUUGUAGUACAGUAAUUCUACGUACUUGUGUGCGAAACCUGAAGCUCCACACUCACGUUCUUCCCCCUCGUUCACGCUCAAGGCAGGAUUUAGGAAUCCCCCGGUUUUCCGACUGAACCUUGAAGGGAAUAAAACGCUAUAAAGGCUGUUCUAGGAUUUAAAUUUACAUUCAUUAUAUUAUAUUCGAAUGAUCUCAUCCUGACAACUGAGCAGUUGAGAAAUAAGGGCCUCGCUCAAGGGCCCCUUGGUGUUGAGGGGAUUUGAACUCGCAACCUUUCGAUCAGAAGUCCAAAAUCCGAUCUAGCACUUCCAACAAUCGAUAUUGAAGUACGACAGGAAGUUGUUUUUCCUUAACCGCAUUCCAGCUUUAUUCUGCUUGUACGACGCCACCUUUCCACAAAUUUCACUUUUUUCUUUGUUGGUUAUUUUAUUUUGACUCCUACACCAAGACUUUAGGAAUUCUAUUGACGAGAAAUAUUUCUAUAAGGAGACGUCUCGCUCACGGAUCGUCUUUAUGUCUAUAUCAAUAAAGAAAAGGGGAUGGGUGUGUGUGUGGGGGGGAUUAUUAUAAAGGGGGAGGAUUAUAAAGAAAGUGUAAAAUCCUGUUGAUCAGCUGUACGCUUUAGACAAUGUUUUAAAUAUGAAUGUUUGCUGGAAUACAGGACGUGUAACAUGCUGUCUGGGUGAAAAAAAAAAAAAUCCACUUCCUGUUCACAAUCUGAACUUCAAAACCAUUAAAGGAUUUUUUUUUUUUUUUUAAGCAUGUCCGUCUUUAAGAAUGUAUAUAGUGCUUUUUAUUACAUUUUAUUGCUAAAGGAAUAAGAGGAUGAACCAUGUUGUUAACACUAAUUUGCAACACCUGCUUUCCGAUCGAGUUCCUGAUGAUUUCCUGAAAAGCGUGUAGCAGGAGUGUGUAAGUGUAUUAAUAUAUAUAUAACUUCAGUAUACAAAAAAAAAAGUCAAGGAAUUGAUUACAAAUGCAUCAGGCUUCAUUGAUUUAUUCUAAAACCCUGUGAUGAGUGGAAUCACUGUUCUGUAUGAUGAUGAUGAUGAUGAUGAUGAUGGAGAUUUGGUCAGAACGUUUUAAAUUUAAUUCCUGGAAACUGGAACGCAGGCUGUAUGACAUGCGGUGAAAAUGUUUCUUCGUUUCUCUUUCAUUUGCCAUUGAAUAAUUGUUAUUUCAUAUGUGAAGCUCUUUUGCAUAAUAAAGUCGUUAGGUUCAGAACUA